AUGGCGCGAACAGAGACCGCCGUCGACAAGGUGUCCAUCCUCGGCUCCGAGUCCAUCCACUGCGGCUUCCACCUCAUCCCCUACAUCGUCGAGACCGUCCUCUCUACUCUUCAAUCGUCGACCUACGUCCUCUUCACCGAUACCCACCUCGCUCCCCUCUACCUUUCGUCUUUCUCGUCCGCUUUCGAGGAGGCCAUCGACAAGCUCCAGAUUGAGACCCGCCCGCGCUUCAUCACCCACGUCAUCGCACCCGGCGAGCAGAGCAAGAGCCGCGAGACCAAGGCGGAGCUCGAGGACUUUCUUCUCUCGCACCGAUGCACGCGCGACACGGUCGUCCUUGCGCUGGGAGGAGGCGUCGUCGGCGACUUGAUUGGCUUUGUCGCCGCGACCUUCAUGCGCGGCGUCCGCUACUGCCAGAUCCCGACCACGCUUCUCGCCAUGGUUGAUUCGUCUGUCGGCGGAAAGACCGCCAUCGACACUCCCCUCGGCAAGAACCUGAUCGGCGCCUUCCACCAGCCUUCCUACAUCUUCAUCGACGCCAGCUUCCUCGAGUCGCUUCCCCGCCGCGAGUUCGUCAACGGUAUGGCCGAGGUCAUCAAGACUGCUGCGAUCUGGGACGAAACCGAGUUCGCCAAGCUCGAGUCUGGUGUUGCCGACAUCCACGCCGCUGUCUCUGGCUCGUCCACCCGCGAUACCUUUGCCGGCCGCACCCUCGAGACCCGCUCGGCAGCCCAGUCGCUCCUCCUCUCCGUCAUCCGCGCCUCUAUCGCGACCAAGGCCCACAUCGUCACCGUCGACGAGAAGGAGACCGGCCUGCGCAACCUCGUCAACUUUGGCCACACCAUCGGCCACGCCAUUGAGGCGGUCGUGACGCCCGACGUCUUGCACGGCGAGUGCGUCGCCGUCGGCAUGGUCCUCGAGGCUGAAGUUGCAAGGAGUAUGGGCGCACUCGGCAACGCCGCUGUGGGCCGUCUCUCGCGCUGCCUCAAGGCUCACGGACUCCCGACCAGCAUGGACGACCCGCUCAUCCGCAAGUCGGCCAAGGCGGCUCGCCUCAAUGUCGAGACCCUCCUCGACAUUAUGCGCGUCGACAAGAAGAACUCGGGCAACGUCAAGAAGGUCGUCAUUCUCUCGAGAAUCGGCAAGACGCUCGAAGAGCGUGCGACCGGAGUCAAAGACGAGGUCAUCGCUCGUGUCCUCGCGCCCGCCGUCCGCGUCUACCCCGGCCCGCCUACGAAGCAGACCUUCGAGCUCGCGACGCCCGGUUCCAAGUCGAUCUCGAACCGCGCACUCGUGCUCGCUGCUCUGGGCAACGGCACCUGCAAGCUUGGCAAUUUGCUCCACUCGGACGACACGCAGGUCAUGAUGGCCGCACUGAACGAGAUGAAGGGCGCCGAGUUCGCUUGGGAGGACAACGGCGAGCUUCUCGUCGUCAAGGGCAACGGCGGCAAGCUCUCGCCUCCAAAAGAUUCAAAGGAGCUCUACCUCGGCAACGCCGGUACCGCAGCUCGCUUCCUCACGACCGUCUGCGCCCUCGUCCAGCCCGAAGGCGACCUCCAGCACACCGUCAUCACCGGCAAUGCCCGCAUGAAGCAGCGACCGAUCGGUCCGCUCGUCGAUGCGCUUACUGCGAACGGCACCGGCGUCGAGUACGUCGAGAGCCAGGGCGCGCUCCCGCUCAAGAUUGCCGCGACCAAGGCGGGUUUCCGUGGCGCGAAGAUCCAGCUCGCGGCAUCCGUCUCGUCGCAAUACGUCUCGUCGAUCCUCCUCUGCGCGCCGUACGCCCGCGAGGAAGUCGUCCUCGAGCUCACCGGCGGCGUGGUCAUCUCGCAGCCGUACAUCGACAUGACGAUUGCCAUGAUGGCUUCGUUCGGCAUCCGUGUCGAGCGUCUCAAAGGCGAGGACGGCAAACUCCUCGACACGUACCGCAUCCCCCGCGGCACCUACGUCAACCCGCCGACGUACAACAUCGAGUCGGACGCUUCCUCGGCGACCUACCCCCUCGCCAUGGCUGCCAUCACCGGCACGACCUGCACGAUCCACAACAUCGGCUCGGCAUCACUCCAGGGCGAUGCCCGCUUCGCCAAGGACGUCCUCGAGCCGAUGGGCUGCAAGGUUGUUCAGACAGAGACCGAGACGACCGUUACCGGCCCGCCCGUUGGCCAGCUUCGCGCGCUCGGCUUCGUCGACAUGGAGCCGAUGACGGACGCUUUCCUUACAGCCUCGGCACUCGCUGCCGUCGCUUCGCUUCCUCCCCUCGAAGGACGCCUGCAAGACGCCGACCAGCCGCUCAACUCGACUCGCAUCGGCGGCAUUGCCAACCAGCGCGUCAAGGAGUGCAACCGCAUCGACGCUAUGCGGACCCAGCUCGCCAAGUUUGGCGUGCAGACGAACGAGCUCGAGGACGGCAUCGAGGUCUUCGGCAUCAAGCCUCAACAGCUUCGCGCCGGCGCCUCCGUUCACUGCUUCGACGACCACCGUGUCGCCAUGGCCUUCUCGGUUCUCGCUGCCUGCCCUGGCGCACACGGUGCAGUCCUCGAGGAGAAGCGCUGCGUCGAGAAGACCUGGCCGUCGUGGUGGGACGACCUUUCUCGCAAGAUCGGCAUCGAGGUUGUCGGCGUCGAGCUCGACGACUCACCUGUCGCUUCGACCUCGGCUGCCAUCCCGCGCCACUCGACCGACGCCAGCAUCUUCGUCCUCGGCAUGCGCGGCGCCGGCAAGACGCACAUCAGCCGCAUCGGCGCUGCAGCGCUCGGCUGGCCCGUCCUCGACGCCGACGAGAUGUUCAUCACCGAGUACGGCCAGUCGGCGAAGGACUUCGUCAACUCGCGCGGCGGCGAUUGGAGCGAGUUCCGCGUCGCCGAGACCCAUAUCCUGAAGAAGAUUAUCCGCGAGUACUCGAAGGGUCACGUCAUCUCGCUCGGCGGAGGCGUCGUCGAGACGGAGGAGAAUCGCAGCCUCCUUCGUGCGUACGGUCACGGCGGCGGACCGAUUGUCCACAUCAUCCGCGACAUCGACGACAUCGUUGGCUACCUGAACUCGGAGCCGUCCCGCCCGUCUCUUGGCGAGGAUCUGCACGUUAUCUACGCACGACGUCGGCCCUGGUUCCACGAGCUCAGCAAUUUCGAGUUCACCAACCUCAUAUCGGGCAAGCCGAAGGCGCACAAGCAGGGCAUCAAGCCCACCGCGAACGGCUUCGUCGUCUCGCACACCUCGACCAAGGGCGCGGAGGACGAGGUCGCACGCUUCUUCCGCUUCAUGACCGGCCAGAACACGAAUCACGUUACUCUCGCCGGCGCCCGACCGACCUACUUCCUGUGCCUCACCCUGCCCUCGUACACCGCUCCUCAUCCCGCUCUCGAGCAGUUCGACGAGCUCAUUGCCGGCGUCGAUGCCCUCGAGCUACGCGUUGACCUCCUUUCGGCCGACGGCAAGACGCCCACGAAGCCGCAGGUCCCGGACUACGACUAUGUCGCCGUCCAGCUUGCCGCUCUCCGUCAGCGCUCGACUCUCCCGAUCAUCUUCACCGUCCGGACGGUCUCGCAGGGUGGCAUGUGCCCCGACGAGGCGCAGGACGAGAUCUUCAAGCUCAUGGAGCUUGGCGUCAAGUCGGGCUGCGAGUACGUCGACCUCGAGGUGCGCUGGCCGGAGAAGCGCAUGCGCGAGUUUGUCGGCAUCAAGCAGUCGACCAAGAUCAUCGCAUCGUGGCACGACUGGUCGGGCAACUUGCACUGGGAGAGCGAGGAAGCGGCGCAGCGCUACAAGGCGGCGAACGAGGUCGGCGACAUUAUCAAGAUCGUCGCCAAGGCCAACUCGCUCCUCGACAACCUGACGAUGCUCCGCUUCCGCGAGAUGUUCAAGGACGGCAAGCCCCUCAUGACGAUGAACAUCGGUGAUGAGGGACGCCUUUCUCGCAUUCUCAACCCCGUCUUCGGACCCGUCUCGCACCCUGCCAUCACCGCCUCGGCACCUGGCCAGCUCUCCUUUGCUCAGAUUCAAACCGGCUUGCACCUCAUCGGCCACCUCCCGGCGCGCAACUUCUACCUCUUCGGCUCGCCCAUCCAGCACUCGAAGAGCCCGCUCAUCCACAACACCGCCUUCAAGGUCCUCGGCCUCCCGCACCACUACGGGCUGAUCGAGUCGGAGCAAAUCAAUGACGACAUCAAGCGGGCGAUUCGCGCGCCCGAAUUCGGCGGAGCAUCGGUCACGAUCCCACUCAAGCUCGACAUCAUGCCACUCCUCGACGAGGUCUCAGAGCACGCGCGCUUGAUCGGCGCCGUCAACACGAUCAUUCCGGUCGAGGAGCACGGCGCGCGGCGUUUGAUCGGUGACAACACCGACUGGCUCGGCUUGCUCGAGCUCAUCGAGAAGAACCUCUCAUCAGACAACGAGCGCACGGACGAUUCGACGUCGCUCGUCCUCGGUGCCGGCGGAACAUGCCGCGCGGCGGUCUACGCUCUGCACAAGGCGGGUUUCAAGACGAUCUACCUCUUCAACCGAACUCGCCCGAACGCCGACAAGAUCGUCGAGUCGUUCCCCAAGGAGUACAACAUCGUCCCGCUCACCUCGCUCGACUCGUUCCCCGGCGAGCACCCUCUCGCAGUCAUCUCGACCAUCCCUGCUCAGGGCACUGCGACCAAGUACGCGCCCAAUCCCGACGCAGGCGUUCCCGUCCCCGAUUCAGUCCUCGCGCGGGAACACGGCGGCGUCUUGAUCGAUGUCGCGUACAAGCCUAAGAUCACGCCUCUCAUCGACCUCGCCGACCGCACGCCCGGCUGGACUGGUGUCCCCGGCAUCCAGAUGCUCCUCGAGCAAGGCUUCUGGCAGUCCGCCAUGUGGACUGGUCGCCGCCCGCCCAAGGAGAUCAUCCGCCGCGCUGUCCUCACUGAGUACGACCGCGACAACUAG